AAAUUCUUGAUAUGAAAAAAAAGAGAAUUGUAAGGAAUCAUAGAUGUAGGGUUUGAGAAUAGAGGGAGAAAAUGAUAGAUGAUGAAAGAGAAGAAGAUAAGGAAUUUAGAGGUGAAAAUCUGAAUAAACAGAUGGAUGAUAUUAAAUGAUUCAGAAUACUAAUAAAAUCUUGGAAUAUAUAUUUAAUUUAAAUAUCAAAGUAAUGCCAUAGAACGAUUCAGAAGUAACAAAAUCGUAAAGCGAUAUGCAGGAGAGUUCCAAAAAGAUUUAAAAGAAAGCAGGUCAUUGGAAUAAAGAGGAACAUGAAUCAUAUCUUCGUUUUUUAGAAGAGAAUGCGAAUCAUAGCAAAGGUCACAGAUUAUUUAAAAGGAUGAGUUAGAUAAUAGGAACAAGAACACCUAGUUAGUGUAGGUGAGAAUUUGUAAUAAUUGAAUAGAUCUCAUCAUUAAAAAUUCAAUCCACUGAAACCUAUAAUAAAGAUAACAUAAACAAGAUUAUUAAAAACGAAAUAAUUGGUUAGAGAAUAUAUGUAAAAACAUAAAAUAAGAGAUGAAGAAGAAGAAUGAAAGGAU